AAUGUAAAAAAUAAAAUUACUAGUUCUUCUAGCUUUGGCAGCCACUUUAGCAGCAGUUAUGUAUUAAUAUGCACCUUUGGAAUAAUAUUAUGUAUUGAUUAAUUAAAAAAAUAGAACUUAAGAAGAUUAUCUCAUGAAACAUACACAAAAGGUGAAGCCAAUUAUGAAUUUUGUACUUCAUUAUGUACAAGUAAAGGAGGAGUUAAUUGUGGUGGAAAAAGAAAGGGUAUAUUUAUUAAUUAUAAAAUUAUAGGUUGUUGUAAUCCAAAUGCUUGUAGUGCCAAUAAAAUUUAUGGAUGGGAUGAAUGUGCAAAAGGUUAAUCAGUAAGAUUAGGUACAGAUAAAUGCAUAGGAAGUUGGGAUUGAGUU